AGCUGUCGAGUACACUGGAAUGUACAGCAUCCAGUCAGCCAAUCACAACGAGCGAUGGCUCGAACGUCCCUCUGCUGCAGCCAUGUUGUGGUUUUGAAUGAGGAAGAAGCGGGAGAUAAUACUCUUCAACGAGUUUUAUAUGCAAUUUAAAGUCACGUUAAGGAGAUAUAAAUGAGUCAGGGUGUAACUCAACAUGAUAACCGUUUAUCCGAACGCGUUGGUUGCGACUUGUGGGAGUUUAAACACACUUAAACCAUAAAUUAGCUCGUGUUAGCUAGCUAGCAACAAGCUAAGGUAGUUAGCAUAGCGUGCUAGCUAAAGACAAACUAGCUCAUUCUCAGGUGAGCAGCUAGCGGUUAGCUCGGUUCCUGAGAGAGUAACAUGAUAAAGGUGAGGAGGUUUAGCCUUUGAAGGAGCCGAAUAGUCGAAUGAAGCACAUUAGCUUCAUUUGGUUUGACUAUAUAGUGACAGGUGAAAGUAGCUUCUUACAGCGAUUUGAUCUUCUAAAAACCAGCUAGCGUUGUUUUCUACAAACUUUUUGAGCCAUGUUGAAUAAAAUCUAUGAAUGGAUAGAAACAAGCUUUGCCAAUCUUCGCAACGGUGUACCACCACCAGCUGCUGCAGCUGCGGAGGAGGAGGAGGAGGAUGCACACCGAGCAGCACAGGGAGAUGGUCCGAUCAGCAGGAAAAGACCGAUUGAAUGUUUGGAAGAUGGACAUAACAUCCACCAAGAUGGCUCAAUCAUAAAGAAAUCUCGAAUGGGAGAUCUCAUUGACACAGUCAAAGUUGCAGCUGAAGGGGUUAAGAGUCACAGCUCCAGUGUGGCUACAUGGAUGAGGAACAAUGUGACCCCUACCUUGAGAAAUAUACUUCCUGCCUCCCCUGGUCCUCCACCUGGAGAACCCCCGCCACAGCCCUCAACGUCAGCAGCAGUCUGGGCUGGGAUGCCGGUUAUUGAAAGGAACUGUCUGGAUGAGACGUUCGCUGCUCCCUCGACAACUUUGGAGUGGAAAACAUCCAAAACAGAAUGGUUGCGCAAUGAGAAAACCGUUAUGGGAUCAAAAGUCUGUAGGCGACAAGUGUGUAUGAGUCCUACACAUCGUGAAGUGCCAAAAACAAAUGGGCACUCAGUCAACUUGCCACCCUCCAUCACCCCAAAAUUGCACCCCUCUCCACGGCUAGGCAGGCCCCUAAACCUCCGACCGUGUGGAACACCAAGUUUUAGUGGAGUGGCAAGCAGCUCCUGCACCAGCAUGUAUGAGAAAACAUUUCCCAUCAAAGUGGUGCAGAGCCCAACACACAGCUCCUCAUCCGGGCGCAUGCACAAUGUCAGGCCCCGCUGCACAGCACAGCAGUCUGUCUGUGAAGAGGAGAAGGAGGCCUACAGGCAGCUUCUGACCAUGGUCUCUGGUGGUCAGUCAUCUUUCCUACACAACGGCAGCUCACACGCCAUCGUGAGGUCACACAGAGAUUUCACCAGCUUCCUGACCACCAGCCGCAGACUGCUACAGUUCUCUUCGCCUACUGGGUCAGCAGUAGAGGCUUCAGAGGGACCCAGCAGCCCCCCCAGCCCCAGGGGCAUGUCCAGCCAGAGCUCCAGCAACAUCCCCAGCCCACUGGGGGCCUCCAGCAGGCCAGGGAUCCAGAUGUGGACCCUGGACACGGACCCCAGCACCAGCAGAGCAGCUACUCUCACAUCAGUUCCUUCCCCAUCCGCUCUGCAGGAUAACUCUUCUCAGGACACACAAUCAUCAGCUCAUGAUACUGACUCUGUAAUUAUUGUAAAUGAGCAAAAGGGUAAAAAGAAAGACGGCUCAAGUGUGCCAUGUUUCCAAGCCGAGUUAUGGAUCAAAGAAUUGACUAGUAUGUAUGACUCCCGGGCGAGAGAAAGACGGAGACAGAUUGAAGAGCAGGAGGCCCUGGCAGCCCAGCUGCUGCGACAGCGCCUGUCUGAAGAGGGGCAACGCAGCCCAGAUGUGGAGGUCCACGUUCGAGUUCCUUUGGAGAAGGAGGUUCCUUUGACUCUUGUGAUAGAGGAAACGAAGCCUUUGGAAGAGAAACCAGAAUUCCCUGAACUCACAAAGGAAAUGGAAGCUGAGGUGGACAGGGCACUGAGAGGAGGUAACCAUGAAGUUUUAAGUGAAGGUUUUGGUCUCAGCCUCACACGCAAAGACCUGCAGACCCUCAGCAACCUCAACUGGCUCAAUGAUGAGGUGAUUAACUUUUACAUGAACCUGCUGGUGGAGCGCAGCAAGGACCCCAAACUGCCAUCAGCCAAUACGUUCAACACGUUUUUCUACCCCAAGCUGCGAAGCAGCGGCUACUCUGCUGUCCGCCGCUGGACCAAAAAGAUGGACAUCUUUUCUAAAGACAUCCUGCUGGUUCCUGUCCACUUGGGGGUGCACUGGUGCCUCUCUGUGGUGGAUUUCCGCAAAAAGGCCAUAAUGUACUUUGAUUCCAUGGGAGGAAACAAUGAUGAAGCAUGCAGAAUAUUGUAUGACUACCUGCGACACGAAAGUAAGGACAAGAAGGGCAAAGAACUGGAUACCUCAGGCUGGACUCUGCACAGCAAAAAGCGCCAUGAAAUCCCACAGCAGAUGAAUGGUAGCGACUGUGGAAUGUUCACAUGCAAAUAUGCAGAUUACAUUACCAAAGACAAGCCAAUCACAUUCACACAGAACCAAAUGCCCUACUUCAGAAGAAGGAUGGUUUGGGAGAUAGUGAACCAUAAACUGUUGUGAUAUCAGUGUGGUUGUGAACUUGUGUAGUCGGCUCGCGAUGUUGGAAAUACGAGUCGUAACGAUGGCUGAGCUACGUUCAACAGCAGGAUCCACUUCCAGUAGUCCUGUUCUGGGAAAGACUUGCACACCAGCUCAUCAGAUCAGGAACCAGCUCUACCGUCAAUCAAGCUCUCAGCUGAUGGGACGUCGCUGGAGCACCACGCACUGCCUCCCAGUCCUCUACUCCACUUUGUUGUUUUUUGGUGAAGCCAUGGAGUAUAGCAGCUGAAACACUGCGUGUUUUGUAUUGCCCUUGUGCUGACUUUCAAACCAUACUCUGAGCCGCAAUGUUCAGUCUGAUGCAGACAUACGAAGUUUACAUUUUUUCGACUUACAGGGAGAUGAGCCGCAUCGUUUUAUAACGACAGUAAUACAUUUUGGUGUCGAUAUCAAUGUUUGAUACUCAUGGUACGUUCAAAAGAAAAUGGACUUUACCAUAAAAACUGAAAUUUGAAUUGUCUUAAAAAUCUGUCUCUUUGUGUUUGGACGAUGAGACUUGUUUUUUUUCUCCAUAAUAUGAACAUUUCACCUAAAACAACUAUUUUUGUAUUUUGUUUGAUUAAAAGGCACGAAGGUCUUGAAAUAUUGCCUCAGAGUAUGAUUUAAAAUGAAAAUAGAAAGUUUUACCUUGCCACGUAUUUGCAAGUGUACUGAAAGUCUUAGUUACACCAUAAAACAGCAGGAUAAAAACCUUGUUAGUCUUGAUAAAAGAUUGUAAAUUAAGGUUCAAAGUCUAUUUUAUGUAUUUCAGAGUCUCUUUCUUUUACAGCAACUUUUGGGCAUAUUCAAUAUAUUUUCAACUUUGUACAUACUUAAAACAUAUACAGCCUCUUGAACAGUGUAAUAUACUUUUUCUUUACGUAUUUCGUAUCUAUUUUUUAUCUAGAUUGAAGUCUGUUUUAGAAAUACAUGCUCAUGUAUUGUGACUGUUCUUUGUGUAAUACCUCAAAAUCAAUUGGAUUUGAUAUAAAAAAAAAACAACUGCCACAUUUGAUAAUUUGAUAAACAUGAAAGAACCUG